AGCAUUGCUUUACUUAACUGUGCCCAAACAGUAGCCUCACAAGCAAAAGUUACGUUUGGGGGUUUAAAGCGCUAUUCUAAUGUUUUUGCUCUAAUGUACCUACUCGUUUUGACCACAGAGACAUAACCUGAGGACUUAGUGGUUGUGUCUUCUGCUGUUUUGUCGGUGAAAACAGAAAUAAUCGUCCAGCUCAAAUCUGGGAGAUGGAGCGCAGUUUGUAUGGAUACAGAUGAAGCACGAUGCUAGCGAGCUAACCACCUAGCUGCUAAGGUAAGAGCAUAGAGGAAAUGGUGAGUGUUGACGUUAUUCACUGAAGAACAGCAACAGGAAGGCGAUCCACUGACAUGGAGGGCAACGGAGAGAUCAGUGACACUGACAGCGGCAUCAUCCUUCACUCAGGCUCCGACAGCCCGAUGACACACAUGAAGGAUGUGACCACGCACACACGGGCCAUGAAGCUCAAACACGAAGAACUCCAAAAGCGACUGGAGGAAUGCUUCAAAGACCUGAAACAACUCUGCAUCCGAGAAGCUGAGUUGACGGGCCGGCUGUCGGAUGAUUACCCUCUGCUGCCGGGAGAGAAGCCUCCGCAGAUUCACAGACGUGUUGGAGCUGCGUUUCAACUGGACGAACAAAGCAUGCCUCGAGGAGCAGAGGAGUCACAACUGAGUUUAGUGGACGCUGAGUUGGCGCUUCAGAUGAAGAUAUAUGAGGCAGCGCGCAAGCUCUGCGAGGAGGUUCACCUGAGUAAAGCUGUUAAAAAGAGCCGGGUGCAGCAGUGCAAGAGAGAGGAGAAGAAACUCAAACGGCUACAAGAGACGGCCUUUCAGCUGCGGCUGGAGCACGGUCGAUCAUCACCACUCCCUGCUUUCAAUAUUGCACAACACGAUCUGGGUACAUCUGAUGACAGCUCACUGUCUGAUUCUGCACUGCAAGAUGAAGAAGUGUCCAGUCAGUCAUCCCAGCUGUCUUCAGGACUCCCCUGUCCAGGAGAGGCCGAUCCUCCCCAGCCUCCCCCUGCUGUGUCCUCACAGUCCUUCGUAGACGGCUCCUACAUGUCUCCGUCUGCGGCUCCACAGAACCUGCCGAUGACCCCGAGCCAGUCUCCCCAUCCGAGCCUCGACUCCAUGUCAUGUUUCAGCUCGAGCCCCAUAUGUGACCUUCCUCCCAUCCAGCACUCCCCGUGGACAGAGUCCAGUCUGGACCAGCCUUACCAGAAGAGCAGGAAGUCGCGCUCGUCCAGCAAGACGAGUCAAAAAAGUGAGUUGUUGCCACCGUUGGAGGCCUGCUUUGCUUCCCAUAUGAAGCUGAGCCGCACCCAGUCCAACAGCACACCUUCAACUCCAGAGAUUCGAGUGCACAGACAGCUCUCCCUCAGGAUAUCAAACCCUGAAUCAACAUUUGAAAAGGAGCGUGGUCGCAGCAGGGGUGCAAGGAGGCGACUGACAGAGUACUCAAUAACUCUACCAGAGACUCCACCGUCUGCGGUGAACUAUGUAAACCAUGUAAACUCUGAGGAUAGCAACUCUGAACACUCGUCUACAUCUUACAACAGCUCACCGUGUCAGGAGCUGCCCUGCGAUUUGCCCAAACACUAUCAGUCUGCGUACCCGCACUCUGGCCCAGUUGGCAGCUAUGGACCUCAAGCCCUCCCACGCACUGGCUUUUACCAUAAUCCGAGGCACCAGUCCAGCCCUGGUUUUCACAAAGCCUAUUACACCGAAGAGCCGGUCUAUCAACCUGAUCUGGACUUGGCACGUAGCUACUACACCCCACAGGCUCCCUGUCCUUCCAACAGAUACUACUAUAAAGACGCAGCUGUGCCCCAGCAGAGAGCACAGAGGCCGUUACCUCCUGACGUCAGACUGUCCCCGGCUCAAUGGGACCAACCACACUACCGCUCCGGUGGCCUCCCGCAGCAAGUAGUGAAUGAGCAGCUCAAGUCGUGGCACCGGCGCAGUCAGUUCAAAGCCCCCCGCUCCCGCUCGCUCGACAGACAGGGAGCAGUCAGGGUCAAAAACAUGUCGACUCGGGAGGCGACCAUCCACCAAAAUCAGAAGUACCAUGAACAGGUAAUGCAAAGAAGGGCUCUUCAGAGAUCUGCAGAUGAUUCGCAGGGGCACUGGGUUGUCGAUGACGGCUCUCACUAUGUAAGUCAAGUGUGAACUGAGGCCACCUCGGACCACACGGAACAUGUGAACUCAAAGGCUGCAAAUGCUUUCAUUCCCAAUUCACCAAAGUCAUGUCAGAAUAUCAAGCUGAUAUAAAAGUUCAUGUCCUUAAACAAAUUACUCUUGUCAUGAUUCCUUUUACCUGCCUGCCUGUAUCUGGGCAUAUAGAGAGAGGAUGAUGAAAGUGGAACAUCUUGCAAUAUAAUGAUAUGUAGUACAACAAAAACACAAACUCUGGUCACCAAAGUUACUGUGAAGUUGAUUUAAACAGCUCUCUGGCACAGUCACUGUAGAGUUGACUGCAGAGCAGUUUUAUUGGAUAUGGAGCACAUCUGUAAAAUGUAUCUGUUGUUUUUGUCCACUCUUGUAUGUUGUUUUGUACUAACAGUUACGAAUCAAACUGAUGCGUGUUAAAUAUGAUGUUUUAACCUGUGAAUGAGUUGUCUGAUGUGCUGUAAAUCUGCUGCCAACUCAAAAUUGAUGAUUCACUUUCUCCAAACAGAAACUAAUCUAAUCAUCAGCACAGCGUUUCUGUGUUAUUAAAUACAGGGUUAUUUUGAUAUGUGAAUCAAUUAUAAAUUAAAUGACAAUUGACUAAAAAGACCAACAAAAUUGCACAUUCUAGUCAGAUUGUGAAAAACGUUUUUCACGUUACUAACAUUUAGGUCAUUGGUGAACUUUAUCUCAGAUGAAUUUGGAUUUAGUUUCCACAUAUAAAACAGUUACAUAAACUGAUUUAGGUACAUAUUCAUGCAUCAUAUAGCAGCAUUAGAUGUGCCUCUCUGUAGCCAGAAACCCUGCCAAGUAAUAAUGUAUAUUUGUCUGAGGAUGUGCUCCAGACAGAAGUUUACUUUUUGCAGUUUGGUAGAUUGAGAAUAAAAUCCUCAUCACCACCUAGCUGUAUGAAGGAGAUAAAUUGUAAAAUAAUGUAAAUGAGGAACAUAUCCUUUUUAAACUACAUUUUGUGUAUAAUAAUGCCUUGAUUCUUUUCACUAUGUUGAUCAAGUUGAGCUGCUUAAAUUUAAUAUUCCAGUUUUGUCCUUUAUCAUGAACCUUUAAAGGAAAAUUAAUCUUGUUUUUUAUACUUACAUGUGUCUGCGGCUCUGCCAGUUAACUUGAAUUACUAAUGGACUUAAUCAACUAGUUGUUAACUAGACAUUAACUUACUCACAUUAAUUAUUAAGUAGCAAAUUCAACAUAAGCAGGUUAUUGAUGAUUGGCAGCUAUUAACAUGUUCAAUUGAAUUUUAAGU